AAAAAUAUAUAUAUUUUAUCUCUUCCAUUCAAUCCAUCCACACAAAGGCACACAAGUAUUUUCCUGUUAAUAUAUUCCUCGCUAGUUUCAACCAGUUGAUCGAUACGCUCCGCGGUGAGAGCAGCAGUAACAACAGUUCGUCGAAGUCAAAGCAAAAAAAAAAAUCAACUGCGUCAAAAACGAUGACCGUGGCCGUAUCCCUAUCGGAGGAGAAGCCGCCUUUCGGCGGCACAAUUCCUGGACCGGAACCGAACCCGAAAUGUGCCUGUAGUUGCGACAAUAAAAAUAGCUAUCUCAGAUCGAAAACCGGCAUGUUGACAAUUGCACAAAUUGUUUUUGGAAUCGUGGCCCUUGCACUGAUCCGUUCGCCUAAUUAUUUCAUCGUUGGGUACGGUUUGUUGAUUCUGGCUUUCAACGCUUCGCUCGUAAGUGCGGCGAUUUUCUGGGAUGGUUUCAGCGAGGGAAAACUGCGCCGGUUGUUCGUACUGGAAGCGAAGGUUUGGAACACCGCGGUCCUGUACUACACUGGCAUCGUGGGUCUGCUGUACUACUUCAGUUCCUUCGGAAUGAUUGCCGUGUACAUUUGGGCCUGGAGCCCGGAGACGAACAUCGUGGCCGGGGUGUUCGGGUUGUUGGCAUGUUUUGCGCACGUGUACAACUGGUUUCUGCAGUACAAGACCCGCGUCAAUGCCGGUAGGGUACGGGAAGCUAUGAGUCAGGCAGGAAUGGAACAGCAGCCGUAGAUGGAGGUACUAGAAAGUGUCGUUUGGAUUUGAGGAUAUUUUUUGUGAAAUAAAUAAAGCUUUCUACCCAAUUUCCUUCAAGACGAGAUAUAACAAAGUGCAUUUGCAUUGACUUGGUAAACCAAAUA